AUGCCGAUAGUGACAGGAGUCGCAGGCUCCAACAGUCAGGGUGCCAUCAAUGAACAAACCGAAAUGGCUGAUCCUUUAGCAGAUUUGGCUGGGAUUCUUCGCCAUCAGGCUCGAGGGCUGGGUCAUAUGUCCCAACUCAUACAGACAGAUUAUAGGCUCCAAUCCCCACAAAUGGGUUAUACGCCUCAGUUUCCAAAUACAGGUGCUGAGUUGCCGACCCCACAAACGGUUUUGAGGCCGGGUGGUCGUGAUGGAUUUGAGGAGUACUAUUUUGAGGGUGCAGAUGCACAGACAAACUUUCGGUCGCCACAGACCCCGCACACGCCACGGCCACCGAACACGCCACCGACGCCGCAUGGCUCCACCUCUAGAGGUGUUACGGGCGGCCACGACUCGAAUGCGAGUGAUUUUCAGGAGUCUUCGUUGCCCCUCAUCAGCCGAAAAGGGAGAAAGUGGAAUUCACUAGAGAAUAGUAACAUAUUUGAUGCCUUCAAGUGUGUCCUCAAGGAUAGAUACAGGGAUCGGAUGAAGCGUAUCAGGAUUAAAUCUGGGGAAAUGGCACGAAAUGAUGGGAAACCCGUCCCCUUAGGUCAUUGUACCUACUACGAAGGGAUGCAUGACUACCGCCCUGGGCGCGUACCGGAGAAUCAUUGGUCGACAGAUAAGUGGAGAAAGAAUUCAAAAAUUGCUCAGCAGAACCGCAAAGUCGCAGAUGCUAAUGGGUCGACAGCUAGGCACACCGCGGGUAGUAUAGGAUUUGACGAGCACCGUAACAACUUAGAAAAGGUAUUGGGUAAACCACCCACACAAUUUGAUGUUUUCAUGAAGACGCAUGGUACAGCUGAGGCGAAAAAAAGAUAUUUUGCGGGAGAUCAUGAAAAUCUCGAAUAUUGCUCACUAACUGCCAAAGAAGCACAAGAGAUGUAUCUACAGGAGAUGGCCAAAAAACACGGAGAAGACUCUUCAAACCAUAAAGAUGAUGCGAGGGUAUGGGAGGAAAUUCAACUUAGGAGAAAAGGAAAGAAGAAGGGUGAUAUCUAUGGCAUAGGAGCAUCAGAUAUACAUUUUGAGAUUACUGGGACACCGUCUUCCCAAUCCACCCAAUCGGAUAGUACACAACAAGAGGUUGAUAGGUUGCGUGCACAAGUUUCUACCAUGGAACAACAACAACAACAACAAAUGAAAGAACAAAUGGAAAUGGUUAUGAGGAUGAUGAAUAUGUCUGGAAAUCAACCCCGUGCUCCCCCUGAUAAUCCACCUGAGGACAAUUGA